GUCAUUUUACAGCUGCCUGACCUAUGCGUUUCUGACAACGCGCAGCUCGUUGUCGGUGUCACUACGUUCCUCUGUGCUGCGGCUUGUCUUGGCAUGAGUAAUUUCUCGGGUUUUACCUUCCUUAAGCCAAACACUCCAACACUACGGGCUGUCGAGACGUGGCAGUAAUGGUAUAGAUUUCAGAAUUUGAAGUACGUCGAUCAACUGUCACGUCGAGGAUUUGAAAAACCAGUUAUAACUUCAAUGCGCUUACGUUGAGUUCUCUCCGACCAUUCCUUGUGCUCUUCCUAUCAGCCAUGUUACAAUUGUCUGUCUUGUCCAUUCCUGACAAUGCGCGGCUCAUUGUCGGCGCUGUGGCUUGUCUUGGUGUAAUAGGAGUAAUCGUUCAGGCUUACCUUCCUCAAUCGAUUAAUGGCCUUCCUCUCCCACCUUCACCUUCCACUUGGAGGCUGAGGGGACACUUUCUGCCGCAUCGCAAGUCAUUUGUUACUAUAGCGGGUUGGAUUAACGAGCACGGACCUCUGAUCAUUCUUCGCUCAGGACUCGAAAAAUUCGUGGUUAUUGGUCGUUACAAAGCCGCCAUGGAUAUCAUGGAGAAUCAGGGCGCAGCGCUAGCUGACCGUCCCCGCAAGAUUGCUGCUGGAGAAAUGUUUAGCGGCGGACAGGGCCUUACCCUCACACCCUUUGGGGAGAAGUUUCGCCAAAAACGUAGAGCACUUCAUACGCACCUCCAGCCUAAAGCAGCCGAGGCUUAUCAGCCCUUGCUGACGUCACGCGCGAAGAACCUGGUCCUCGACAUUCUUGGUGAUCCACACAACUUCCAGAACCAUGUGAUAACUUUUUCUUCGACAACAAUGAUGAAAGUUGCAUAUGGGACUACUACACCCACUUCUGCGACUGAUCCCCUAGUUGGGGAGAUGUACCAACUCAUGAAGUUGGUCAGUAAAAUCCUGCGCCCUGAUUCCUACUACCUGGUGGACUCGAUCCCAUGGCUCAAACACAUUCCUUGGUAUGGCCUAGAAUUGAAGCGGGGGUUUGAGAGGAGCAAGCAGCUCCACACUGGUCAGCUGAACCGAGUAAAGGAGCAAAUGCGAAAAAAUGUGGACAUCGGUCCUUCAUUCACGAGAUAUAUGCUAGAAAAUAGCGAUCACCAUGGUUUGACAGAAGUAGAGACGGCUUUUCUCAGUGCUGCCUUUUUCGGAGCUGGUUCCGAUACGACUACUUUGGCCCUGUGCGCAGUGCUCCUGGCAGCCGCGUGUUUCCCCGAGGAACAAAGUAAAGUUCAAGCCGAGCUCGAUGCGGUCAUCGGAAGGCACAGAGCGCCGACUUUUGCCGACCAACAAUCCCUUACUCGUCUGCGUGCCUUCAUCUCUGAGGCUUUGAGAUGGAGGCCUGUUACCCCUAAUGGAGUUCCUCACCGAACAACCAAAGACGUGAUUUGGGAAAACUACCACAUUCCAGCUGGGACUACGGUAUACGGCAACACUUGGGCCAUCUGUCGAGAUCCAGAAGUCUUUCCUGAGCCUGACGCGUUCAAACCUCAACGCUGGAUAAACGACCAAGGUCUCCUGAGAGUCGAUUUAACUAAUUUUCUCUACGGGUUUGGUCGGCGCGUGUGCCCCGGUCAACAUGUCGCAAAUAGGUCAAGCUAUAUUCUACGUAUAUGGCAAUUCUUCCAGGCUUACUUCAAUCAGUGCAGAUCUGUGUUCAUAGGCACGGUCUUGAUUCUUUGGGCCUUCCAGCUCACCCUGGAUCCUACACAGCCGUUGGAUGACAUGGGGUUCAUGAAUUCGGAGAAAACACACCGGCCGUGCUCUAUUAAAUUCGAGUUGAGGAUUCCAGAAGCAGAGCUCAUGCGCAUGAUGAAGAAUUCUCCCGAGGUCGUGUAAGUGGAUGAGAUUGAUCACCACUAGAGAAAGAACGAGAACCUGUUCAGAAUGAAUCUCCAAUAUUGGAACCAUGCCACCAAGAAAUGUACUCGCAAUAACUCACAUUGUAAUUUGUUUCAUUGAAGACCGUGUAUGAUAGCUGUUGACUGUGCUUUGUCG